GAGAUUGAGUUAAGUUCUCCUCCUACAGCUUACCCCCUAGUGCGUCGAAAGCCAUAGCGUCGCGAAUACUUCAUCAAUCAACAUGAUUCGAAUUGGGAACGGUAGCUGAGAUUAAGAGCUACAACAUAUUCGAGUUUUGCGACAUUCCAACGGCUAGUUUUCCGUCGACGUCGUUUCUUGUGAAGACGACUUUUCUGUCCAGAAUUUCGGAUUUAUAUUUUGAGUAAUUCUAGCUCCUAAGUUCACCUAGACUCCGUCCUUAAUCCUAACAACUGGUAUCAGAGCCAUAUUAAGGAUAUUGAGAGGAGUCUACUGAAGUGUGAAGACCCUUCUAGACCCACCAUGGCCUGUGGGUGUGCCUAAGUGGUGUUCUAAAGGUUGGAUGUGUCUUCCGCUAAGGGGAAACUCUGCCGAAAUUUCCUUUGGAUGGCUCCAACUAUGAGGAAUGGAGCGGGCGGAUGAGGAGUGCCUUCAAACGCUACAAGCUACUGAAGAUUUCUGUUGGGGAGGAGAAGAUGCCCGAGGAAGGCGAAGCACGCGAACGGUGGAUUGAGAAAAGCGCGGUGCUUUUCGACCUCAUUCUUCAAUCGGUCAACAAGGAGAUGUUCGAGCACAUCAAGGAUCUUGUGGAAGCGGAUGAUUCGGGUCCAAGGGCGUGGAAACUACUACGUGAUGUGGUUCAGCCCAACACUCUCCCGAUGGUGAUCGUGCUCGAGAAGGAACUUGCUGCCAUCUCCAUGCGACCGGGGGACGAUGUGAAGCCGGUCCUUGACAAGAUCAAGGACACCUAUGCAAGGAUGGCAGCAGCGGGCAGCAGUGUAUCUCAGCUGCAGCAGUGCACCAAGAUCAUCUCGGUGUUGGACAACUCUUGGGACAACCUCAUCCCCACCCUCAACUCUCAGCAAGAUCAAUUGACACCUGAGUGGCUAAGGCAGCAGAUUCUGCAGGAGGACUUCCGUAGACGCCAUGUGGGAGGCGGUGCUGCCACGAAGACUGCUGAGGGGUAUGGAGCUGCAGGGCGCGGCAAAGGAAGAGGGGGUUGGAGAGGCCGAGGCCAUGGGAGGAGCUUUGGCAGAGGUAGAGGCCGAGGUGACUAUAAUGAGGGGCAUGGGAGCUCUGGUGGUAGGGGGAGUACCAGAAUGGAGGGCACCUGCUGUCACAUGACUCCACGGGCAGAUUUGCUUGAUGAGGUAAAACCCCCUGGGAAGAUUAAGUAUGUGGCAGCAGCGUCAGGUGCUUUGCUCCCCGUGAUUGGUGUUGGAAAUGCCAAGGUUAAGGGAGCUAAUGGGGAGCUUGUGGGGCUUGGGAAUGUUCUGCUGGUUGAAGGCUUGUCUGCUAACCUUCUCUCUGUGCGACGACUGCAGAAGAGCAAGGCCGAAGUGACCUUUGGACCAACCAGUUGCCGUGCUAAGCUUGGGAAGAAGGUGCUGUGGAGUCUGGAAGAGGAGACCAGCUGCAUCAAGGACCUGUGGCAGCUGCCCAUCAUCCCAUGGAAUGGGAAGACUCCAACAGCAGCAACGGCAGCAGCGGCAAAGGCAACAGCAGGAAGAGAUGCAACUGCACCAACUGAUGGGGUCCUGGAAGCAGUCAAGAAAGUGCAGCAGCAGCAGACACAUGGCGAGGUGCUUGCUGGUGUGGAUGCGAGUGCGGCAUGGGCUAAGGCUUCAUCAAGGAAUGGAGAGGCCGAUUGGGAGACAUGGCAUGAGAGGCUGUGUCAUGUGAACUUCCCUAUGCUGCAGAAUGACAAUGGUGGGGAGUUCAUUGGAGCUGAUUUUGAGGGGGAGUUGAAGAGGAAGGGGAUCCAACAUCAACUGACAGUGCCCUACAACCCGCAGCAGAAUGGCGUGGCUGAGAGGUUUAACAGGACCCUGCAGGAGGGGGCACGCACUCUCCUUGGGCGUGCAGGGCUGCCUGAUCCGUUUUGGGUGUCUGCACUGAGGCAGGUCGCCCUUGUGAAGAACAGGGUGCUGGCUACAGUUGGAGAUAAGGAGUGGAUCCCAUAUACCAAGUGGUAUGGGAGUGCUCCAGCUGUGAACAUGCUGAGGGCAUUUGGGUGCAUGGUGGUGUUUCAUGUGCCUAAGGAGAAAAGGGGGAAGUUGGAGGCUUCUAGAAGAUGGGGUGUGCACUUGGGGAUUGCAAAGGAUCACAAGGGGUGGCUGCUAUGGGACUUGACCACCCAGAAGUUGACAGUGUCAAGGGAUGUGAAGUUUCUUGAGUCCCUGUACUACAAGGAAUGGAAGCAGCAGCAACAGAAGCUUCCAUCUACACCGCUCAUUGUGGAGGCAGAUGAGGUGCAGCAGCCUUCAAGACAGGUGGAGGUUGCAGUGUCAGAGGAGGAGAUGUCUGGAGUGACUGAGGAAGGGGGAGCAAGCUGAAGUGGAGCAGCAGCAGCAGCAACAUGAGUCUCCACCUCGAGUUCCACACCCGCCUGAGCGACCUAGGAGGGAUGUGCGCCCUCCAGUGAGGCUGACCUAUGGGGGAAGAGGCAAGCCAAAUGUGGUGCAGGCUGGGAGUGUGGUUGAGCAGAUUGAGGAAGAUGAGAUUGCAUUAUGCUAUUGGGCUGCAAUUCCUCAGCCCAAGGUACUGACGCUAGCUUCAACUCAGUGAAAGCGGAUGGCACCAGCAUUGGGGGUUAUGUGUGCUUGCUAGGAGGUGGUGCUGUGAGCUGGCGCAGCAAGAAGCAGAAUGAGGUGGGAUUGUCCUCAUGUGAGACUGAGUACAUGGCCUUACACCAUGGGGCCAAGGAAGUAGUGUGGCUAAGGCGUUUGUUGGAGGAGUUGGGAGUUGAUUCUUGAACUUUGAUUGAACUCUUGAGAUUGAGUUAAGUUCUCCUCCUACAGCUUACCCCCUAGUGCGUCGAAAGCCAUAGCGUCGCGAAUACUUCAUCAAUCAACAUGAUUCGAAUUGGGAACGGUAGCUGAGAUUAAGAGCUACAACAUAUUCGAGUUUUGCGACAUUCCAACGGCUAGUUUUCCGUCGACGUCGUUUCUUGUGAAGACGACUUUUCUGUCCAGAAUUUCGGAUUUAUAUUUUGAGUAAUUCUAGCUCCUAAGUUCACCUAGACUCCGUCCUUAAUCCUAACAAGCAGUAGGUUCCACCGCUGGAUCAGCAUCCGCCGCAGCCACUGCAGCAACAGCAGCAGCGGCGGGUUGGUCGUCUCCCGCCCGGAUGGCCCGGCGCUGGUGGUUGCGACGGUCGCAGUGGUCGUGCGCGCGGCGUGACGUCAGGUGGUGGUUCAGACGACGGGCGCUACCAGUACCAGCUCCAGAC